CCCCCCACCCCCCCGCCAUGUCCUCCUGCGCCGCCGAGGUCCUGCGUUUCCAGCUGCCGGGCCACGAGGCGGCGGCGCUGCGCUCCAUGACGCGCCUGCGGGCCGAGGAGCGCUUCUGCGACGUCACCAUCGUGGCCAGGAGCCUCCGCUUCCGCGGCCACCGCGUCAUCCUGGCCGCCUGCUCGCCCUUCCUGCGCGACCAGUUCCUGCUGAACCCGGCGGCCGAGCUGCGCGUGUCGCUGGCGCACAGCGCCCGCGUGCUGGCCGACCUGCUGCUGUCGUGCUACACCGGCGCGCUCGAGUUCGCCGGCCGCGAUCUGGUGAAUUACCUCACCGCCGCCAGCUACCUGCAGAUGGAGCACGUGGUGGAGCGCUGCCGCGGCGCGCUGGCUCGCUUCAUCCAAGCGCCGCCGGUCGCGCCCGCGCAGCCGCCCAAACCCGAGGAGGACGAGGAUGAGGAGGAUGAGGAGGAUGCAGCACCUGAUGUUUGUAUAGUGAAGGUGGAGCCGGCGGUGGCGCCGCGCCGGCGCGGCCGGAGGUGGCCGGCGGUGGCCAGCGGGGAGGUGCCGGCGGCGGCCGCGGUGGCGGGAGGGCCGGGGGUGGCCGGCGUGGCGGCGGCGGCGGCGCAGACGGAGGCGCCGUGCCCGCCGCAGCUGGGGGUGGUCAAGGCUUGUUACAGCCUGGCCGAGGAUGCCGAGGGCGAGGGGUUGUUGAUUUUCCCCGGCGGCGGCGGCGGAACCGAGGAAGCCACGGGGAGCUCCGGCGUUGUUGGCACCUCGGGAGCCGCCGCGGCGCCGCCGGCCGUCGCCACGCCGUCGCCGUCUCCCUCCUCGUCCUCCUCGCGCUGCGGCAAGUGCGGCGAGGCCUUCCAGGGCGUGGAGAAGCUGGUGUUCCACAUGCGCGCCCAGCACUUCGUCUUCAUGUGCCCGCGCUGCGGCAAGCAGUUCAACCACAGCAGCAACCUGAACCGGCACAUGAACGUGCACCGCGGCGUCAAAUCGCACGGCUGCGGCGUCUGCGGCAAGAGCUUCACGCAGAAAUCCACGCUGCACGACCACCUGAACCUGCACAGCGGGGCGCGGCCCUACCGCUGCUCCUACUGCGACGUGCGCUUCGCGCACAAGCCGGCCAUCCGGCGCCACCUCAAGGAGCAGCACGGCAAAACCACGGCGCAGAACGUUCUGGAAGCGGGCGCGGCCGAGGGCGGGGUGCUGCUGCGCUGACCCCCGCGGGGGAGGGCCCGGCCGGGGCUCGGGGGGAGCUGGGCCGGCUUCCCUCGGGGCGAGGGGGGUGAGCCCCGCGGAGCCGGGUCCUCUCCCGCACGGAGAGGGGGUGGGAAGGGGUGGACGUUGAGGGGGUGAGGUUGGAGU